UUUGUACCACUUUUUAAACCACUCAGCACUUUACUUUCUCGUUCUCAAUCUGCUGCUUCAAUUUCUCAUAUGCAUUUACUUAUUUUUAUAUUUUUCAUCACAAGAGCUCAACGAAAACAAAAAACGAUCAUAUCAAGCAACGAAAACUGUUUCGAAGUUAUAAAUUGGAAAAUGGAUUUUGACAAUAGCUAG